AUGGCUACUCGCAUGGCCAAUCGCGAGCAGCUCAUGCAAAGAGAUCAGGUCCUUGUUCCCAGCCUACCGACACUGGCAAUCAAGGGCCACCUUUGUUUCCGCUGCUGCAAGUCAGCUGAAAAGCUUUCGAAAUGCGGUGCCUGUAAGCGCGCUGUGUAUUGCUCGAAGGGAUGUCAAGUAAGCGAUUGGAAAAUUGCUCACAAAAACCAUUGUAAACUGCUGAAGGAAAUCAAUGUCAUUGAGGAGAAAGAGACGGCGCCGAACAGGUCCUGGGAUCUAUAUCGAGACUCCUUGUAUUCUAAACUUCAGUGGCUCAAAUCUACACAAGACGUCCCACCAGCUGUCCAGGACAUGAUACAGGCACAAGUGUACUGUGUGGUCUGUCAUCGGAGCGAAGCAAAUACUGGUUGGUCCAAAUUUGCGUCGUGUCCAUCUUGCCUUCGGGUAUCUACGUGUCAGACCUGUCCAGCGAAGAACUCCCACUCCGAGAAAGUAUGUAAAGACAAUCAACUUUUUAAUCAACUCGAACGCUUCCUCAUCGACUGCUUCGAGCACACCGGGGAGGCAACGCCAGCACAGCCUACUUUGAAACCAAGAAGCACUUAUGAACCUCUCUCCAUUCACGAUAGCUGGGAGAAAUACUACAAAGACCUAUCUGAUGGAGCCAUUAUCGACGAAAUCACCACCACGCCUGGCUUCAGCUUACUGAAGCCACUAGCUCCGGACUUCGAGGAUUCAGUACCAGAACGGAUACGCCUCCACCACAUCCUCGGCACUGAUGUGAUGACGAUGCCCAUUACGAUUCUCGCAGCACUCGAAGACACCAUACCGGACCUUGCAAAAAAGACAAGCCUGUUUUUGCAUUUCGUUGGGCCGACAUCUCGAGAAUGGCGCAACAUAGCUCUCUUCGAAGAACUACUACACCUCCUUCCCGCCCUCAAAUCGCUACGCAUACUCUGCGCGGGUCCGAGCUCGUAUGGUCUAAUUGGAGAGGAUAUCUUAUCGCAAGAAAUGGAUCUCAAGUGCUGCCCAGACUGUCAGAAAGCUGGCCGCAAGCGGUCUAUGCAGUCUUUUCGUGGAAUGUACCACGACUUCGUUCAGCGGGCGGAAUUUUCGAAGCCAGACAUGGCGGUGCUAUUUCACAGUGGUCGGACUCAAGCUGAGCAAUCGAGCUGGGCGCCAACUACAAAAGCGCUGCUUGAUUUAGGGACAUUGACGCUUUGCACGACUUUCAACGAGCGAGAAGCGAAAGAAGAGGUCGCGGAAUUGGACGGCUUUGGGGCGAAUGUCAUUGCAAGGCUGGAAGUGAAUACAUGGAGGGGACUCAUGCCUACACCGGACUUCUUGGAGGGGCCUGAGCACGGGUUCUUUUACAUGAAUUACUUCCGGUAUAUCUUCCAGGGACGGAAGUAG